GUCCUCGUUUCGUCCCGCGUGCUGUAUUAUACGCUCGUAAAGGACUUCACAUUGCAUCCUAGAACCUCAAGGAUAUCGGUUGAGCAUGAGUGACAUGGAGGUUUUGGACGAGAAAGCCAAUGGCACACCUCCUAUGGAGGUCGACGAGGUCGUCUCUGUGAAAGACCAUGAAGCAUUUGCCGCCAAACAUAUGCCGGACUUGGGCCACGAUGUGAAGGAAUUCAAGGUGUUUACAUGGCCACUAAAGGGCUGGAAGAAGCUGGAGAAAAAACUCACAGGUCCAGAGUUUGAGUGUGGGGGCCACAAAUGGCGCAUAUUACUCUUCCCCUUCGGCAACUCAAAUGCACCACCGAACGACACCGUUUCUGUAUAUCUCGACUACGCUGAUCCCAAGCGGGCCCCAGAAGGCUGGCAUGCUUGUGCACAGUUCGCGCUCGUGAUUUCCAACCCCAACGAUCCAACAAUCUACACUGUUAGCCACGCCCACCAUCGUUUCAUUGCUGAGGAGUGCGAUUGGGGCUUCACACGCUUCAGCGAGCUUCGGAAACUUUUCAAUGUUCAGGAGGGAUAUACUCGACCAACAAUUGAAGACGAGGCGGCCGAGGUUUCUGUAUUCGUUCGUGUACUCGAGGACCCAACUGGGGUCCUGUGGCACAAUUUUGUCAACUACGAUUCUAAGAAGGAAACAGGGUUUGUUGGAAUGAAGAACCAGGGUGCGACCUGCUAUCUCAAUUCUUUGCUCCAAUCUCUUUAUUGCACUCGGUACUUCCGCAAAGCUGUAUACCAGAUUCCCACUGAAGACGAUCACCCCACGGAGAGCGUGGCCUUGGCGCUUCAACGUGUGUUUUAUCAUCUACAAACAUCGGAUCAGCCUGUCGGCACAACCGAACUGACUAAAUCCUUCGGAUGGAAGUCCCUUGAUUCGUUCCUGCAGCAUGAUGUUCAAGAAUUGAACCGUAUCUUACAGGACAAACUUGAAUCGAAAAUGAAGGGGACAAAAGCUGAGGGUGCCAUCUCGAAGCUCUUCGUAGGCAAAAUGAAGAGCUACAUCAAAUGUGUCGACGUGGACUUCGAGUCAUCUAGAAUCGAAGACUUCAAUGAUAUCCAGCUCAAUGUCAAGGGUAUGAAAAACCUGUACGACUCCUUCAAAGAUUAUGUUGCCGUUGAGACCCUUGACGGAGAGAACAAAUAUCAAGCUGAAGGCUACGGUCUUCAAGAUGCGAAGAAGGGCAUCAUCUUCCAGUCCUUCCCCCCCGUUCUCCAUCUUCAGCUUAAGCGUUUCGAGUAUGAUAUCCAGCGUGAUUCAAUGGUCAAGAUCAAUGAUCGACAUGAAUUUCCGUUCGAAAUUGACCUUGGUGAAUUUUUGGACGAGACAGCAGAUCGAUCCCAACCAUGGGUUUACAAGCUGCACGGCGUACUAGUUCACUCUGGUGAUCUUCACGGUGGACAUUAUUUCGCUCUCAUCAAGCCAGAUCGGGACACUCGCUGGCUCAAGUUCGACGACGACCGUGUGACGCCUGUUACUGAUCGUGAAGUUUUGGAGGAAAACUAUGGUGGUGAAUCAAUGAAUGGACAACCGCCAACUCUUCAGCGCAACCAGGUACGGACAAUGAAGAGAUUCACCAACGCUUACAUGUUGGUGUACAUUCGGGAAACCGGGAUCGACGAGGUGCUGUCACCAUUCAAGGAGGAAGACACGCCGGCUCAUUUGAAGCGCCGCCUUGACGAAGAGAGACUGCAGAUUGAGGCUAAACGCAAGGAGAGAGAGGAGCAGCAUUUAUUUCUCACCGCAAAGGUUAUCACGGAUGAUACCUUCGCUCAACACGAAGGCUUCGACCUUGCUACGUUCGAUGAAAAGAAUUGGCCGCCAUCAGAGCUCCCAACCUUCCGCGUCCUCAAGCAAGAAACCUAUAGUACUUUCAAAACCCGAGUAGCGCAACAUUUCAACUAUCCAGAAACUCAGAUACGACUAUGGGUCCUGGUCAAUCGUCAGAACAAGACUGUGCGACCGGACACUCAUAUCCCAGAGAAUGAGCCUACACUCACCGUCGACGUCAUCCGCAACAACAUGGCCGCCAGGCAAACAGACCUGCGGCUAUAUCUGGAUGUGAUCCCCGAGCCAAGCAAACCGGAACUUCCACCAGGGUCCAUCAUGAUCUUCCUGAAACACUUCGACACAUCGAAGCAAACACUACACGGUAUCGGCAAGUGCUACGCUCAGCGGAAUGGUAAAGUUAGCGAUCUCAUCCCGAUUAUCAACGAGCGAAUGCGUUGGACACCUGGUACACCGUUGAAGCUUUACGAGGAGAUCAAGCCGGGCAUGAUUGAGCUCAUGAAGCCGAAGGUCACUUUUGCUCAGAGUGAAAUCCAGGACGGCGACGUCGUGUGUUUCCAGGUGGACAUCAGCGAGAAGGAGGUUCACGAUUUGGAAAGUCAAGGAUUGCACUCAAAUCCCAUCCAAUUCUACGACUUCCUCCAGAACCGUGUCAUGAUCCUCUUCCGACCCAAGUUCGAGGAACCAGAUCAGGACCGUCCUGAAUUCAGCCUUGUUCUGAGCAAGAAGCAGACAUAUGAUGCGAUGGCCCAGAAAGUGGCAGAAACGCUGCGACAUGAUCCCAUCAUGCUGAGAUUCACGACAACCCACGCCGCGAACGGCUCACCGAAAGCCAUUCUCAAGCGUUCGUUGAACCAGAGUGUCGCAGAGAUUAUCUCGCCGACAUAUGUCAGCCCAACGACGACCAUCAUCUUGUACGAGAAGCUCGACGUGAGCAUAGUCGAGCUCGAGACGAAGCGCAGUCUCAAGGUGGCGUGGACGGGCAUACACAAUAAGGAGGAAUCGACGCAUUCGUUCUUGCUGCCCAAGACGAGCAUGAUCCAUGACCUCGCGGAUCAUCUGUUGAAGCAGGUAACGACUACCAAUGGGUCUGGCAAGAUCCGCGUCUUUGAGGUGUCGAAGGAUGGGAAGACACAGAAGGAGUUCACCAACUCGGAAAUGAUUGGGAAUAUCCCUGAUCCUGUAGAACUCUAUGCUGAGGAAAUUCCCAUCGAGGAACUAAGGGCUGAGGAGUCGGACAAGGUCAUCAGCGUAUUCCACUUCUCGAAGGAUGUCUCACGAACACAUGGAGUGCCAUUCAAGUUCGUCGUGAAACCCGGCGAGAAGUUCCACGAAACUAAGAAGCGUCUGCAAGCGCGGAUUGGCGUAUCAGACAAGGACUUUGCCAAGUACCGAUUUGCCCUCAUUCAAGCCGCGACUUUCAAACAACCCUCGUACAUAGAGGAUGAGGAUACGAUCUACGACCACAAAUUUGCUCCUGAAGACGUCCUUGGGUUGGAUCACGUCGACAAGUCGGGCAAGGCGCGGAAUGGCUCAGGAGAGAAGGCUAUCGUCAUCAGAGGGUAAACCUAGACGUGUCGGAAAGAAGGUUAUCGAUAUUGCAAGCUGUGUUUCAUUCUUCUACCCUACAGGACCACCGUUGAAUAGGGUUUCGCUCUCGACUGGUUUCAUAAUAUGUCAUCAUUGUACUUUUGCAACCCAGAUUCUCUUUGCCCGGACAGCUCUGACGGAUACUCAUGAUACAGGGAUGGAUGGGUAUUCCUAGCGGCACCCACGAUAAAAAGACACGAAAAAGAGAGAAUAUAUAGAUGAUGUACGAUACGCGCUACUUUCUCUUCUUUGACUUUUUGGCAGAC